CACUUAUCGUGAAUGAAAGGGGAAAAGGGCAUUAUUUGUCCAAUUGAAGGCCAACCCAUAAAUUCCGAGCUACCCUCACAUUGACAACGACAUGCAUCCCGUAAUUUAAUUGGGAACACAGAUACUGGAUAAACAUAAAGUAGAAUACACAUUUUAGCUGGAUAUUUGUUCUUGUAUCAACAUUUUUUUAGGAAGUAAGGAAGGAAGGAAGAAAUGCAAUCAGUGAGUUAUAAUUUUGUAGGGGGAACGAAAUUGUCAUGGGGGAGUCGACGGGAAGAGAUUAAGUUUAGGGGAAAUGCUAAGAUGAUUAGAAUAGUGGGAUCUUUGCCUGAGAUGAAUAGUGGUAAUUCUGAGAGCCAGAGUUCUAUGUUAUCGAGUCAAAGUCAGAGUUCGUCCCUCUCUCGCAGCCAGACGUAUGCUCUUUUGAAACAGCAAAUGGAAGUCGCCGCUAAAUCUGAGGACUACAAAGAGGCAGCGAGACUUCGUGAUUCUUUGAAAAUAUUUGAGGACGAAGAGCCUGUUUUGCGGCUUAGGAGAUUGGUGAAAGAGGCUAUUGCAGAAGAGAGGUUUGAGGAUGCAGCGAGGUACCGUGAUGAGUUAAAGGAUAUUGCUCCGAAUUCUCUCUUGAAAUGUUCUAGCGACGCAACAACACUGGGAAUCAGGGUUCAGGUUAGAAGUGUGUACAUAGAAGGUCGAAGUCAUCCUUCAAAAGGCCUUUAUUUUUUUGCUUAUAGAAUAAGAAUUAGCAACAACUCUGAUCGUCCUGUUCAACUUCUUAGAAGGCACUGGAUCAUAACUGAUGCUAAUGGAAAAACAGAAAAUGUCUGGGGAAUUGGUGUUAUUGGUGAACAACCGGUGAUACUUCCCAACACUGGUUUUGAAUACUCAUCUGCAUGCCCAUUAGGAACUCCGAGUGGAAGAAUGGAGGGUGACUUCGAGAUGAAGCAUAUUGACAGAGUAGGCUCAUGGACAUUCAAUGUUGCCAUUGCUCCUUUCUCUCUCUCCAAAGUUGGAGAUGGCAGUGAUACCUUUACAGAUGGGAGCUGAGAAUAUUUUGAAGAAAGGAUGGAGGUGAAGAACCUCGAUUGUAGAAUUUUUAUAUAAAGUUUAAGCCCAGGCUGUAUUGUAGUUGCUGGUAGACAAUAAACUCUUGAUAUCGGAUUCAUUGGGUGUAGAUCAACUACUACCAAUAGAUGUAUCAUAUUUCCAAGGGUAGCCAAUAUGGAACUUAGGGAUCUCAUGCAUUGAUGUGGAUGUCAUUGAUUCACAUCUUGAAAGCUUUAAAGAUCAUCUGUAAAUUGCAAAUGUAUAUAUCAUGUGAUUGAACUGUUAAAUUAUCUUCGGCCUUCUAUCUG